AUGGCUCCGCCCAAACGCCCGGGCACCUGGGUGCUGUCGGAGUCGCUGUGCCAGAGGAAGCUGCUGCUGCUGGCGGCUCUGGUGGCCUGGCUGGUCCUCUUCCACCUGCUGGUCAACGUCUGGCUGCUCUGCGUCUUCACCAGCCUGCUGGUGGUCCUGGGGGGCUGGCUGGGAUCCCGGGCUGCCCUUGACGCCAACAGCCUCCUGCACCUGGAGCACUUCCUGCCCCUGGGCAAGUCCCAGCCGCCGCCGCUGCCCUCGGCGGAGGACGAGCACCGGCUCGACCACGAGAUCCACGGCGCCGUGCACAAGGCGGUGCGGGACUUUGUGUCGUCCUGGUACCGCACCCUGCUGCCCGACUCACUGGACGGGGAGUUUGAGCGGCAGGUGCGCGCCACCAUGCUGGAGUCGGUGACGGAGCUGAAGGAGCGCGCCCGGCGGCUGGACCGCAAGGCGCUGGUGCAGAGGCUGCUGGAGCUGUGCGGCGGCCACCUGCAGAGCUACAUGGCGGCCAGGAAGACGCAGGCGGAGGCAGGGGAGGGAGCCGGGGAGCCGGGGAGCCUGUGGCGGCUGUACAGCCAGGCCAACCGCGCGCCUCACCCCAGCCUGCGGAGCGCGGCGGCCGAGGCCAGCUACUCCCGCGCGCUGGUCAACGUGGCGCUGCACGUGCUGGUGCCCUACCCCCACAUGGAGUCCCCCACGGGGGGGUACAUGGUGUCGGAGCUCAUCACCUGCAACGUGCUGCUGUCGGUCAUCGGCCGCAUGUCCGACCCCGACUGGCUCUACCAGACCAUCGUGGACGUCUUCACCAAGUCCAGGGAGCCCCAGCCGGACGGCGAGGCGGUGGACGGUCUCUACAGGAGGCCGGGGCAGCACGAGUCCUGGGCCACCUGCUGCUCGCUCUCCUCGGACCGAAGCGGCCCCUCCUUCAGCCUCUCCGACAUGGAUGACCCCGAGGCCUCCGACAGCCCCGCCCGCCGCCGAGAUCUGUCGCCGGGCAGCGCUGUCGGCCUGACGAGCGCCGAGAACGCGGAGGUCUGCCGCGCGGGUCUCUCGCCCUCGCGCGCCAAUCGCCUCUACGCCGAGUCCGACCGAUCGUCAGAGUCCAAAGUGUUCUCGGCGGAGUGGCUGACGCAGAGCGAGUCAGAGGACGAGGAGGAGGGAUUCUGCGACUGCGCUCCUCCCACCAAUUUCUGCAAUGCGAUGGCCCUCAAGGACGAGGAGGCCCCCGGCUGCUUCCCGCCCCUGCGGAGCCUGGGGCCCAAGCCGAUGGGGGUGUCGGAGGUCUCUCAUUGGCCAGCGGGGAUUGGUCAAGAACCACCUCCCGUCUCUCCCUCGAGAGGAUUGGGUCUGCCCCAGAUCCACUACACCUUUGAGGUGCCCAACCGCAGCAACGUAACACACAUUAGCAUCCAGAAUGUACAAAUCACCGGCACCAGCACAGCCAAAGAGCAACGAGGCAACAGCAGCCACCCCUACACGCUCUACAUCGUGAAGUACGAGGCCGUGGUGGACUCUGAGUGCCUGAGUCUUUUGCAGCCCGCGACCCCGCACACCACCUCACACACGGUCAACCGCCGUUACAGCGAGUUCCUCAACUUACAAACCCGUCUGGAAGAGAGGCCGGAACUCAAGAAGUUCAUCAAAAAUAUCAAAGGCCCUAAGAAACUGUUCCCGGACCUCCCGUUCGGCAACGCUGACCUCGACAAGGCAGAGAGUCGCAAAGGCCAGCUGGAUACAUUCCUCAAACAACUCUGCAGCAUCCCUGAGACGGCCAACAGCGAGGACAUGCGGGAGUUCCUGGCUCUCCACACAGACUGUGGUGGGUCCUUUGACAAAAGACCCUUGGCUAAAUCUAGAAUCGAUAAGAUGGUGGUGAACGCUCUGGACACGCUGAAGACGGCGUUCCCCCGCGGCGAGCCCCCCAGCCCCACCGAGGACCUGGAGGGGGACGCGGACGGAAGGACGGUGGACAACAGAAAAUACAGUUUACAGAGGUUUCGCUUCCCCAGUAAAAUCUCCCCUACUCUCAACAUCCCUGAGUUGGAACCUAAAGUGUCCUACUGCUUCAGUGAAGGCUGCACUGUCCUGAACGGUCUGUCCCUGGCCGGGCUCGAGCGCUUCACCCAGGAGCAGGAGAGACUGGUGUGUACGCCCAGAGAGACCAGAGCGAGCAGGCGUCCCAGGAGCAGGAGCACAGAGGACCUCAGCGUCCGCCGGACCUCAGUGAAGCCCCGCGGAACAGACACUGCGGUGGCGGAUGUGGUGCUGAACAUCAUGUGUCUGCUGAUGGAGGACAACUGGAGCUGGCUGUGCACAGAGAACGUCCAGAAGGCCAUACGCCUGCUGUUCGGCACUUUCAUCGAGAGGUGGCUGGAUGUGGCCGUGGCGCGCCUAACCAGCGCCCCCUGCUGGGUGCUCUACCUACAGGUGCUGCAGGAGGCCGUGUGGCCUGGCGGCACGCUGCCGGCCCAGCCGCGGCCCGAGCGCAGCGCUUCCCAGAGGCUCCACACCAAACAGCAGUGUCUGGAAUGCCUCGUUCAGCUGCUCCCGGAGAUCAUCAGAGACAUGCUGGGAAACGAGAAGUACAGACUGAGCUUGGAGACCAUGCUGGAAUCUCUCCAGGACCAUCAGAUCAACAAACACUUGGUGUACUGUGUCUGUGACCUGUUGAUGGAGUUCCUGAUCCCCGAGUCCUCAGACGAGUCCUUCCGUUGGUCUCUCCUCAACAGCCUGUCCAACUACAGUGCGAGGGAGGCACAUUCGUUGUAGGCACCAGGUGGCAGACCUCUGUCAUGGGUGGAGGUGGGCUGAGCCAGAUUGAAGCCAGACAGCUCAUUGGACCAAUCAGAACUGUCAGGAGACGGACCUCCAACCUCGGCUCUCUACAGCCUUUAUGCAAACAAUCAGUAACAAUGGAUGGCGUUGAUUGUGUUGAUUGUACACCAACGACGACGCCAGAGUGCUGACGGCAGACUGCGGGCGCGUUCCAAAACCAUUCCCUACGUUCGGUUGCUAGUUCCUGGUACCUCCAAGGAGACGAGUUGGAAGUAGCUAGUGGUCAAGCAGAAGGAAAAGGAUCAGUCUGGAGAUGAGACAGCUGCUUUAGAUUUAUUAAAGACUCAUCGACUGUCCUGGGCCAAUCACAACCUCCAGACUUGCUUUUCGGUGUAUGUCUAAUGACGGAGUUGUAAUACCGUAUUUACUUGAUGUGUAGAAUACUCUGAAAUAUACUCUGACCUAAGCUGCUUCGGCGGAGGCACUAAGCAGCUUCUCUAGCUCAGCCUUUCUCAAAGUGGGUGCCGCGGCACCCUGGGGUGCCCCGGGCCGUGACUGUGUCAGGGGUGCCGCCAAAAAAUUACGUAUUCUGACAUUUAAUUAAAAAAAUAAAAAAUAAAAAAUCUGACAUUUCAUAUAUGACAUAUAUGAAUAUAUUGAAUGCAUAAAUACAUUCUUAUUUACAUAUGAAUGGAUUAAUACAAUUGUAAAGUCAUUUUAGUUAAACAAAUAUAUAAAAUUAACCAUAAAAAUCUGUCUCACGUGACGUCCCCACCGGUGUCAGCGUGACAGCGCAGCACACAGCACAUUGUUUUAUAAUUUAACCGCGAAAAUACAUUUCACAAAGAGCAAGGAACAAGCAUCAUGGAUAGUUUUUUAAAAAGAAAAGCCCCACAAGAACCAGACAUGAUUGACUGUGAAAUGGAGCCUCAGCCUACUACUUCAUGCGAGCCUUCGUCCACCAGCUCUGAGUCUGCACCAAAGGUCGCAAAGGUAGAUAAGGCUAAAAAGAGAACAUACAACGAAAACAAGCACUAUGAUGGAAAAACAUUCCUGCUAUCUCUGCACUUCAUUUGAGGUCUCCUGGUCUCAAUUUGUUGGGUUCUUGUAUUGGCUGUGUUGCUGUAUAGCUUGGGCGGUCCACCUCUUAUGGUUUUAUGGCAUUUGUGUCUCUGAUUUAUUGUUUUGUGAAGCACUUUGUAAACCUGUGUUUUUAAAGGUGCUAUAAAGUUGCUAUGAAGUUGUUAUUAUUAUUAAUAUUUACAGUUGUAUUAUGCUCUGUUCAUUACUGUCCUGUCUAAAUAAACAGGACAUUUGCAUUUACGUUUAGGCUAUGCAGUGUCGUUUUUAAUCAUAUUUUACACUGGGGUGCCUUGAGAUUUUAUGCACUUUUGAAAGGUGCCCUGGCUGAAAAAAGUUUGAG